AUGCUUCAUUAAUUUCUAUUAAAUAAAUACCAAAUCAAUUUAUUUUACAUUUCUUCAUCAUAUUAAGAGAUCAAAUACAAUAACUAAAAGAAUCCUCUCAAUUAUAAUAUCGAUAUUAUGUAGAAUCAUGCUUAAGUAAAUAAUACACUUUUAUACCCUAAAAAUUUUUUCCGUCUUCAUUCUUAUGUAACUCAUAAGUACAGGAUUCUGAUUAAAUUAAGAAGCUCUCACUUAAUAACACAAAUUCAAUAGUAAGUAAUAUAAAAAGUAAUUAAAAAUACAUAGUUUUUAAGCUCAAAAAAAUCAUCAGAUUCAAACCUGUUUGUAUCAGAAUCUUCAUUCAACUGAGAAACUACUGGCAAAAGAUUAUUUACUUAGCAAAUAUUCUAUGA